AACAUGUGGGAGAGCAUAAAUUUGCGUCGCAUGCCAACUACAGCACCAGGGCAAUACAUUCAUUAAUAUAAUUGACUUAUUAUUCAGUGAAGUGGUCAAUUAUCCAGUGAAGUAUCGGGCUUAAUUCAGAGGUUAUUUAAAGAUUCAGAAACACAAGCAUGAGUUUACUGCCUCGCACCGCUGAGGAGUUCAGCUCGGCGGAAUACUGGGAGCGAUUUUUCCGUAAAAGAGGAGAGAAGGCUUUUGAGUGGUACGGAGACUACAACUCACUAUGCGGUGUACUACAUAAAUACAUCAAACCGCGUGAGAAGGUGUUGGUGGUGGGCUGUGGGAACUCUGAGCUGAGUGAACAGCUUUAUGAUGUUGGCUACCAUCAGUUAACCAACAUUGACAUCAGCGAGACCGUGGUGUCUCACAUGAACCAGCGUAACGUAGAGCGGCGUCCUGACCUGACCUUCCAGCAGGUGGAUGCCACCAAGACAGGCUUUGGGAGUGGGAGCUUCCAGGCAGCUCUGGAUAAGGGUACACUGGAUGCCAUGGCUUCUGAGGAGGAGGGUGCUCUGGCACGCGGGAUGCUGGAAGAAGUUGGCAGAGUUUUGGCCGUAGGGGGCCGGUAUGUUUGUGUAACGUUAGCCCAGGAACACGUCAUAAAAUUGGCCAUGGAACAUUUUGCCCAGGGCUGGGCUGUACGAAUCCACUGCUUAACUGGACAACAGAAUGAGGACUCCGAUUGCUCUUUCGCCCUACCUGUUUUUGUUCUUGUAUGCACCAAAUUCCGGCAAGCUUCUCCAUUUGCAGUGCUUGAGAUGUGCCAGGGGGAGGAUGGAGCUCCUUCUAGGCUUGCAUCAGUAUCUGAACUCUUGUCUGCUGUGAAGGAGAGACAGGCCUACAAUCUUCUGCUUCAUAGACUCAGAGGGGGAACAGAUGCAAGCAGCACACCUUCCCUCACUCUGUGCAAUGCAGCCACCGGCCAUCCGCGUUACACUCUGACAGUGCAGGAUAGCCCGCCUUCUGCCAAGCUGCCACGCACUAAUUACUUUGCCAUAUUUAUUGUUCCCCAGGGCCGUGAAUCUGAUUGGUUGUAUGGCUCAGCUGAAGGUCGGGCUCAGCUAGCAUCCAGUGCAAAAUUCAGACGCCUAGUCAUUGUGGCAAUGCAUCGAGAUCAGGAGUAUGACGACAUGCAGGCUGUCCAAUCAGAGCUGUCGCCAAUGGUGAUGGAACUCGCUCCUCCUGGAAUGCCAGCCAACCAGCAGGUGCCAUUCCUGUCUGUCGGUGGAGAUCUGGGGUGGAGGGAAAUCGUUGGAAGAGGGGUCAGUGCUUUGACUGGAGAGUAUUCUGUGGAGGACGUCAGAGGAGAGGAUGGUCACCUCUACCGCAGGCUGAUCUUUAUGAAUAAUUCCCAGCUAGUGCAGUCAGAAAGUAGACUCCGGUCCACAGCCACUUCUGCCCAUAAAAAGAAGAAUAGGAAAAAGUCCAAGGCUUCUGUUUCUGAAGCCCCUGCUUUAACAGGUGCUAAAGCACGUAGCGUGGACCGGGGAUUUCUCUGCUGUACACACCAUGAAGUCAUGGUGGCCGGUUUAGCCAUGCUAGGAUCAGAAGCAAUCAGUAAUAAAGGUCUUCCAACAGACCAUGCACUGUCCAUGUUACUGGUGGGGCUGGGUGGCGGGGGCCUGCCUCAGUUUGUGCAUGACUUUGUGCCUAGUGCACGGGUUGAGGUGGUGGAACUCGACCCAGCUGUGCUGGAGGUAGCUCAGACCUGGUUUGGGUUUCAGACUGAUGAGAGGCUGAAGGUUACACUUGGAGAUGGACUGGAGCACAUCAGAACACUGGAGAAUGAGGGUGGGCACUCUUUUGAAGUCAUCAUGUUUGACGUUGACAGCAAAGACACUACCCUGGGCAUGAGCUGCCCUCCACCAGCCUUUGUGGAAACAUCACUUCUGCAGAAAGUGUACAACUUGUUAACCCUUAGAGGAAUUUUUAUGCUGAACCUAGUUUGUCGUGACUCCGCUCUCAGGACGUCGGUGCUUAAACGUAUUCAAGCCGUGUUCCCAUGUGUGUUCUCUCGUGGAAUUGAGGGUGAAGUCAAUGAGGUACUGCUGUGUUGCAGAAGUGCAGGAGAGGGACACAAACCUAAUACCAUUCCUCCAUCAUUAAAGCUGACAGCAAUAGACCUACAGAAGUCUUUUCAUACUAGCACUCAGUCUGCCCCGUGUGUGCCUCAAAUAGACAUUACUGCAAUGUUAAAUGACCUGAAGGUCAUCUAAACAAUUUGGAGAGUUUUGUGUGAGUGCUUUGGCAAUCCAAAUAUAUUCUUUUUAUUAUGAAACGUUUGUAAAACAAAAUAGGAAUUAUUUGAAUAAUUAUGAUUUAAGAAACCUGAAGUAAGCUUUGUGUUAUGAACAGGACGACAAAUCAGUACAUUCAUGCAAAUCAUUAUGCAGCUCUCAAAUCAAAUAUGGCACAGGAUGGACAUCAGUAACAUCAAAACAUAUUUGGUUCUUGUGUGUCUUGUGACUAAACAUCAUGAUGUCAAACCUGCGCCAUGUUCUAUUUGAGAGUUGCAAGAUCUGACAGCAUUUUCUUUUUUUAUUUGUUUGUUGUUUUAAGAAAUUAUCCCAAGAUGGUUAUUAUGGUGAUUAACCUGUCAAACAUGACAACAUGUCAGUAAAGUUUAACAUUCAUUUGACCUUCUCUUCCUGCUCUUUGGAAGAAAACACCAUGUCAAAUGAUCAAAAGUGUAAUCUGAAUGUAUAAAUACUAUGAAAGAAGCAUUUUGAUAUCAUUGUCAUGAUGUCUAUCUGAAGUCUAAAGAUAUAAUUUAAAGACCCAAAUUAUUAUCGAUAGGACAUGCAAAACUUUGCAUUUUAUUUAAUACUUAAUAGAAAAAGAAAUGUUAAUAUCAGGAUGAAAUUUCACAUUGAGAUAUAAGACACUGGCAGGAUUUUAUCUUGCUGGAUUGUCUCAGAUUUAAAUAAUCCCACAUUGUCAGAGAUGAUGACUGGGAGAGUUGUUUUGUUAAAGUCAGUUCACAAGUAUGUCUGUGAAAGGUCAAUGUUCAUUAAAGGGAUAGUUUAUCCAAAAUUUAAAAUUCUCUCAUUUAUUCUCCCACAUGCCAUCCCAGAUUUGUAUGAUUUAUUUUCUUCUGCAGAACCCAAAUUAUGAUUCUUAGAAGAAUUUCCCAGCACUUUUGGUCCAUACAAUGCAAGUGAAUGGGUGCCAACAUUUUUACUCCCCAAAAAGCAAAUAAAGUCAUCAUUGAAUUAAUCCAUACGACUUCAGUGUUUUAAUCCAUAUUUAUAGAAUUGAUAUAACAGGUGUGGGUGAUAAACAGAUCAAAAUGUAAGUCAUUUUUUGCUAGGAAUUCUUCUCCCUGUUCAGUAGAGGGUGAAAUGCAUGAAGAAUGUGAAUUACCAAUAACACAAGAAGAAGAAUGUGAAAGUGAUCUGUUUUUCACCCACACCUGCCGUAUUGCUUCUGAAUAUAUUGAUUUAACCACUGGAGAUUUAUGGAUUACUUUUAUGCUGACUUUGAUUUUUGGAGCAUUUAGCACCCAUUCACUUGCAUUGUAUGGACUAAAAGAGCUGGGAAAUUCAUCUAAAAAUAUUCAUUUGAGUUCAGCUGAUGCAAGAAAGUCAUUCACAUCUGGGAUGACAUAAGAGUGAGUAAACGAUGAGGUAAUUUUUAUUUUUGGAUGAAGUGUUCAUUUAAAUAUUGGGACCCUGUCUUCAUUUUCAGCUUAGAAGAACUGGAUAAAAUGAACAUAAAUACACAGGUUACAGACAUUGCUCUAAACAUCUAUUUUCUGUUCCUUUUGAUUGACCUUUUUUUUUUAUUAUUAUAAAUCUCCACUUUUGACCAGCCUUCCUGUGUGCAUUCACUACCGGUCUUCAUCUUUAGUUUUUUGCCGAUUUGUGCAUAUUGGCACCUACUGGGCUGUUGCGCAAAUAUGAUUUAUUAUUUUCCUUUCCUUUUAUCUCUCCCUUUUUCUUUCUUUCUAACCUCUGCCCAGUAGGUGGUGAUAUGCAGGAAGAUUUUGUGGGAAUAAAUAACAUUUAUUGCAAUUAAAUUUCCUCAAACACUACUCAAAACAGAAGCGAAUGAAGUACUCAGUGAGCUAUGAGCCUAAAUAGCACAAUACAUUAAACAGGCCGGCUGACAUUUCUAGAGACCUCAUACUGAAUUUCCAUGAGGCAGCGAACACAUUAUUGCCAUGUGCACUGCUGCUGUUAAGUAAAGAAUAUCCGAAUAGUGAUUUUAGUAUUCGAAUAGUGGCGUGUCGUCUAUACGCGCACAUAGUC